UGUCAAAUUUAUGGAUGCACAAUUCUGAGAAUGAUAGAUAACAUGUUGAAUGAUAAAAUUGUCCUCCAAAAAUUUUUGAUGAGCAAGGAUCAUAUAAAAAUUUGUUUUAAAUGAUAUUUGAUUAAAAAACAUACUAUUUAGAUUUAAAAAUUUGCCAUAGCAUUACAGAUUGGGGAGAGGCAUGACUAAGUUUCUGUUAUGAAAACAGCAUGGAUUUAGGGAUGCCUACAGAUUAACAGUAUUUUGUGACCUUAAAAAAAUAUUCAUGUAAUAUCAGUUGGUGGUAGCCUGAAUAUGCUAUCCAGAAUGAGAGGCACUUGGGCUUAGUGGGUUAAGGAGAUGAAUUUGGAGUCAAGGAGAUGUUGUUUAAUCCAUCAUUCUGGCACAUACCAGUUCUGGGAUCAUUGCUAAGUCACUUAAUUUCUCAGUAUUCCUAGAGAGUGAUCUAGACUGCAUUGCUGAUAUCUGCAUUACUGACAUCAUAGAUUAGGCUUAAGAAAGUCUACAGAAGGGAGAAAGGGAUGAACCUAUUUUACUCUGCCCUGUUUAGGCCAUAUAUGGAACAUCAUGUCCAUUUCUGCCAGUUGAAUUUUAGGAAAGACAUUCACAACCCAAGCCUAUAUUGAGAUAGUGACUAUAUGGGGAAAUGACUGAAAAUCAUGCUAUAUAUGCUUGUUUGGAGGGACUGAGAAUGCUUAGGCUAAGUUAAAUAAAAGGAGACUUCAUCACUUCUGUCAUAUUUUUAGAGAGAUGUCAUAUGGGAAAGAGAUUAGAUAGAUUUCAUUACCUUAUAGCAGAGAACAAAAACCAAUGAGUGAGAGUUAUAGGGAAGCACAUUUUUAGCUUAACAUUAGAAAUUUUUCCCUUAUAAUUACAAUUAUCCAUAAUUAGAAUGGAUGCCCUUAUACUAUAGUGAGUUCCCUGUACCUAUAGAUGCUUUUUUAAACCUUUACCUUUUCUCUUAGAAUUGAUACAAAUGAUCAGUUCCAAGGCAAAAGAGUAGUAAGGACUAGGCAACUGGGGUUAAGGAAUUUGCCCAGGGCCACAUAGCUAGGAUGUUUCUAAGGCCACAUUUGAACCAAGGACCUCCUCUGUUUAGGCCUGGCUCUCUAUCCAUUGAGUCACCUAACUGAUCCACCUGUAGAUUUUUAAACCAAGAUUGGAUGACUUCUUGUCAGGGAGCUUGUAGAAGGGAUUCAUGCUUCAGAUAUUUUUUGGCUAAAUAUCUUCAGAAAAUCCUUGCCAGGCUAGAUUGACGGGGACUAGGUAGAAGACUAUUGUAAUUGGUCAGGUGUGAGAUGAUAACAGCCUGAACUGGAAUGGUGGUAAUGGAAAGGAUGAAUGAGAGAGACAUUGUGGAAGAAGAAUGAAUAGGAUUUAGAGCUUGGUUUGGACCUAGUGGUAUAUAAGAAGUAAAAAAGAUAUAGAAAGAACAAAUGUUUACAGUAGGGAAGGGGGGGCUACAUGACUUUAGUCAGUCAGUAAUAAUUUUUUGAAUACCUACUAUGUACCAGGCACUAUAAAACAGAACAACAACAAAAAAAGCAAAAAUCAGUCCCUGCUAUCAAAGAACUUGCAGUCUAAUAUAAGUCCUUUAAAGAUUUUAAGUUUCUUUGAAACAAGAUUUUCCCAAGGCAAAAAAUCUGGAUGAGAGGGGGUCAAGAAGGAAGGGGUUAAAAGAGGAUGUAAGUUAUUAUGUGCAAAAAAAGGGAUUUUCAUUUUAGGUGGGAGAAGUAUAAGAUUCAGGGAACUAAAUUCUCAUCCAAAAAACCCCAAACUCUAGUUCAAGUAUCUAUGUAAAAUUGCUAGUAUAUACUCACAGUAGGUGGCAUAGAUUAUGAGUUUCUUGUGAUUUGGUAGGUUGUAUAGGGCUUUAAAAGUUGCCCAGAGGACUUUUAUUUUAGAGGCAAGAGUAAUCCAUUAGAACCAGCCCAUUAAGGGAGUGACAUGAUCAGAUUUGGACUUAAGGAAAAUUAUGUUGGUAUUACUGGGUAGAAUGGAGUGAGUGGUGAGAGACCAAUUAGGGAGACUAGUUUAGGAGGCUGUUGUAUACUCCAAGCAAGAAGUGAUGAAGGCCAGAGCUAUGGUGAGUGAGAGAAGGUAUUAAAGGUAAGAGCUAUUUUAAAAGUAGAAGUGGCAAACUGGUGGGUGAAAGAAAAUGAAAGGUUCCAAGAUAAUGCCAAUAUUAUGAAUCUGGGCAACUGAAAGGGUGGUAACAGAAAGAAGACAGUCUGGAAGAGGGCGAAGGACUUUGAAAUGUCCAAAAGGAAGGGGGCAGCUAGAUGACUCAUUAGAUUAAGACCCAGCCCUAGUGAUGGGAACUCCUGGGUUCAAAUCUGUCCUUAGACACUUCCUAACUAUAUGAUCUUGGGCAAAUCACCUGCUCCUGUUGCCUAGUCCUUACUGCUGAAAAAAGCAAAGACAUGUCUAAAAGGCAAUUGCUGAUGUGGAACCAAAUCUCAGGAGAUAGACUGGUUAUAUAACCGAGAGUCAUUUUCAUAGAGAUGGUGCUUAAGCCCAUGGGAGCUAAUGAGGUUAUCAACAGAGAGUGUAGAGGGAAAAGAGAAGAGGACCUAGGUAGGGCAGAACUUUGGUAAAUACCCAUGGUUUGUUGUUUAGUUAUUUCAGCCACCUCUGACUCUGUCACCCAUUUUGGGGUUUUCUUGGCAAAGACGUUAGGAUGCCCUUUCUUUCUCAAGUCCAUUUUAUAGAUGAGGAAACUGAGGCAAAAAAGUUUAAGUGACUUGCCCACACAGCCAAUAACAUGUCUGAGACUAGAUUUGGACUCAGGUCUUCCUGAGUCUGCUAGGUGGCCCAGUAGAUAGAAUGCCAAGCCUGGAGUCAGGUAGAUCCAUCUUCUUGAAUUCAAAUUUGGCCUUAGAUACUUACUAGCCAUUUGACCCUGAGCAAAUAAUUUAAUUCUGGCUGCCUCAGUUCCUUCUUCUGUAAAAUGAGCUGGAGAAGGAAAUGGCACCCUAGUGUCUUUGCUAAGAAAACCCCAAAUGGGGUGACAAAGAGUUGGAUAUGACUGAAAAAAUGACUGAACAAAACUUGCUGACUCUAAGCCCAGGGCUUCAUCCACUGCACCAUCUAGCUACCCUGUGACCCACUGUUAGGUGCUAUGAUCUUGAUGAUGAGCCAGCAAAAAAGACCGAGUGUAGGCCAACCAGGAGAGAAUGGUAUCCCAAAAAACCAGAGAGGAGAAUAAUGUCCAGGAAGAGAGGGUGACCAGCAAUAUUAUAUGUAGCAUAUAGGCCAAGAAGGAUUAGGAUCUGGGAAAGACCAUUAGACUUGGCAGUCAUGAAGUCAUUGUAACUUUGGAGAAGGCAAUUUCACUCAAGUUCUGACAUAAAAAGCCAGACUAAAAAGGAUUUGGAAAUGAGUGAUGAGAGGAAGUGGAGGCAGCAAGUUUUUCUGGUAGUUGAUCUGGCAAAGAAAGGAAAAGUAUAGUAUAUUAAUUUGAGGGAAUGGUAGGGUCUGCUGGUUUGUUUUUUUAAACUAAGGAAUCUUUGGCAUGUUUGAAGGCAAUAGAGAAGGAUGGAGAAGUUGAAGAUUUGGCCAGGGAAAAGGAUAUGGGAGGGGAUGAUGGAGAAUCCAAUUCUCUGAUCUGAUUUAUAUGGUGAUGUCCUUGGGGCCUGUUCCCAGUGGAGGGCUGUUUGCCUCUACAAUGAAUGAUUCACACUGAGGCAUUUUGAAGUUCACAUGUCUCCCAUUGUUUUGUUUCCUUUUUUAAUUGGACAUAUCUAAUCUCCUCUGGGUUCACAAAUCUGAUAACCAAGCUUGUUAAACUUGUGUGCACAUUGAGAGCAAAGAAGACCAAAGAGCUCCAGUGCCUGGCCUUUGUGACAGUUAUUUCCGUUGCUCAGAUGGUCUGUCUUAUGUUCUUUCUGGUUCUAAAUUGUGUUCCUGAUAGGUGAGGAUGCUGUCUACUUGAGUUUUAAAAAGUGAUUACUAUUAGUUAUUAAAAAGAUCUUUGAUUUAAUCGGAAUGGAUAGCUCUCUCUAUAUGCAGCUCACUGUCCCUCCAACCUUUAGGAGAUGUUCCUGAUGAGCUCUAAGGACCAGGGCCUUCAUUACUUUGAGACCAGACUUCUUGUGAUGAACCUUUCUCUUCACACUUAGCUUGGUAUAUGGAUAAGAGACCCGGAAAGUCUGCCACCAGCUCCCUGGAUGUAUUUUGUUUUGUUUUGCUCUUUUGAUGCCUUUUGUUUUUGAUCCUUGGUCAUGCCCAAAUCUAUCCCACCCUCCUACUCUUUCCCUCCUCUCCUAGCACACACACUGAAGCCUCCUUUGCAACAAAGAACAGGCUGCUGAAAACAAGAUAUAGCAUGACCUUUUCCUGUUUUUGUGUGAUAAUCCAAGAACAAAGAGCUAGGAGUGUUGACAGGACAGAUGUUACCUUAUAUGUCACAUAACUGGAUCGAACCAUGUCAAUGAGGAGAAGAGAAGAGGAGACAGCAGCCUUGUACUGGCUUCUCACAGAAGAGCAGAGGAUGGGAAAGACAUCAGAAAGGCAGUUGGCUGCAAAAUGUGCUGGAGAAGACAAUUGGGUUGAUAGUCGGACCAUUUAUGUCGGACAUAAGGAACCCCCUCCAGGUGCUGCUGAAGCAUACAAUCCACAGAAAUACCCAGAUAAUAGAAUAGUCUCCUCCAAGUACACAUUUUGGAACUUCAUACCCAAGAAUUUGUUUGAGCAGUUCAGAAGAAUAGCCAAUUUUUAUUUUCUUAUCAUCUUCCUGGUACAGUUGAUUAUUGAUACACCCACAAGUCCAAUCACAAGUGGACUUCCUCUGUUCUUUGUCAUUAUUGUCACAGCUGUCAAACAGGGUUAUGAAGACUGGCUUCGACAUAAAGCAGACAGCGCGAUGAACCAGUGCCCCGUUCAUUUUAUUCAACAUGGCAAACUCGUUCGAAAGCAAAGCCGGAAAUUAAGAGUUGGAGACGUUGUGAUGGUAAAAGAAGGUGAAACCUUUCCAUGUGACUUAAUAUUUCUUUCUAGUAGCAGAGAAGAUGGAACAUGUUUUGUCACAACAGCCAGCUUGGAUGGUGAAUCAAGUCAUAAAACAUAUUAUGCAGUUCAAGAAACAAAGGGAUUUCAAACAGCAGAAGAUAUAGACAGCUUACAUGCUACUGUUGAAUGUGAACAACCUCAGCCUGACCUCUACAGAUUUGUAGGUCGCAUAACUGUUUACCGGAGAAGAAGUGAACCUAUUGUGAGGUCAUUAGGAUCUGAAAACUUGCUUCUUAGGGGAGCCUCUCUAAAGAACACAGAGAAAAUCUUUGGUGUGGCUGUAUAUACUGGCAUGGAAUCAAAGAUGGCAUUAAAUUACCAAUCAAAGUCACAGAAACGAUCGGCUGUAGAAAAAUCAAUGAAUGUAUUCCUUGUUGUGUACCUCUGUAUCUUAAUCACUAAAGCAGUGAUAAACACUGUCCUGAAAUAUGUGUGGGAGAGUGACCCAUUUCAAGAUGAGCCUUGGUUUAAUCAGAAGACAGAAUCAGAGAGAGAGAGAAACAGGUUUCUCAAAGCUUUCACCGACUUCCUUGCUUUUAUGGUACUUUUUAACUACAUUAUUCCAGUCUCCAUGUAUGUCACAGUUGAAAUGCAGAAAUUUCUUGGCUCCUAUUUUCUCUCCUGGGAUGAAGAAAUGAUUGAUGAAGAAACAGGUGAAGGACCUUUAGUUAACACCUCUGACCUAAAUGAAGAAUUAGGACAGGUGGAAUAUGUCUUCACAGAUAAAACUGGCACAUUGACGGAAAACAAUAUGGAAUUCAUAGAAUGUUGCAUUGAAGGCAAUGUCUAUGUGCCUCAUGUCAUCUGCAAUGGCCAAAUCCUCCCUGACUCUGGAGGCAUUGACAUGAUUGAUUCUUCUCCUGGAGUGAGUGGCAAGGAAAGAGAAGAACUAUUUUUUCGAGCUGUCUGUCUUUGCCACACAGUUCAAGUGAAAGAUGAUGUUGCCGUAGAUGGAACCAAAAUGUCACCUGAUUCAUCGAAAUCCUGUAUAUACAUUUCAUCAUCACCAGAUGAAGUGGCAUUAGUUGAAGGCAUUCAAAGGCUGGGUUUCACAUACUUAAGGCUGAAAGACAACUACAUGGAGAUAUUAAACAGAGAGAAUGAUGUUGAGAGGUUUGAAUUAUUACAGACGUUGAAUUUUGAUUCAGUGAGGAGAAGAAUGAGCGUGAUUGUAAAAUCUCCUACAGGGGAUAUUUUUCUGUUUUGCAAGGGAGCAGAUUCUUCAAUAUUUCCAAGAGUAACAGAAGGCAAAAUAGAUCAAGUACGAUCCAGAGUGGAACGCAACGCUGUGGAAGGACUUCGAACUCUUUGUGUUGCCUAUAAAAAACUCACCCAGGAAGAUUAUGAUGAAAUUUGUGAAACUCUCCAGUUAGCACAAGUGGCACUUCAGGAACGGGAAAAGAAAUUGGCGGAGGCAUUUGAAAAAAUCGAGACAGAUCUUAUUCUGCUUGGUGCUACAGCUGUGGAGGACCGCCUCCAAGAGAAAGCUGGAGACACUAUCGAAGCCCUCCAGAAAGCAGGCAUCAAGGUUUGGGUUCUCACCGGAGACAAGAUGGAGACAGCAGCAGCCACCUGCUACGCCUGCAAGCUUUUCAGGAGAAACACCCAAGUGCUCGAGCUGACCACCAAGAAGAUUGAAGAGCAGAACCUGCACGAUGUGCUCUUGGAACUGAGUAAGACCGUCCUGAACUACAGCAACAUGUCCAGGGACAGUUUCUCAGGACUUUCAAAUGAGAUGCAAGAUUAUGGUUUAAUUAUUGAUGGUGCUGCAUUGUCAUUAAUAAUGAAGCCCCCACAACCUGGAAACUACCGAGAGCUCUUCCUAGAAAUCUGCAGGAACUGUAGUGCUGUGCUCUGUUGUCGGAUGGCCCCUCUGCAGAAGGCACAGAUCGUUAAAUUGAUUAAACUUUCCAAGGAGCACCCUAUUACUCUGGCCAUUGGGGAUGGUGCGAAUGAUGUCAGCAUGAUUCUAGAAGCACACGUGGGCAUAGGUGUCUUUGGAAAAGAAGGUCGCCAAGCUGCAAGGAACAGUGACUAUGCAAUUCCGAAAUUUAAACACUUAAAGAAGAUUCUCCUUGUCCAUGGACAUUUUUAUUACAUUAGGAUAGCUGAACUUGUGCAAUACUUCUUUUAUAAGAACGUCUGCUUCAUUUUCCCUCAGUUUUUAUACCAGUUCUUCUGUGGAUUUUCACAACAGCCUUUAUAUGAUACAGCAUAUCUGACGCUGUAUAAUAUCAGUUUCACUUCCCUCCCCAUCCUCAUGUACAGUCUGUUGGAACAGCACGUCUCCAGUGACAUGCUCAAGAGAGACCCUUCACUGUACAGGGAUAUUGCCAAGAAUGCUCUACUCCGUUGGCGAGUGUUCAUUUAUUGGACAUUCUUAGGCGUAUUUGAUGCUCUGGUAUUUUUCUUUGGUGCUUAUUUGAUGAUUGAAAACACAUCAAUGACCAUCAAUGGACAGGUAUUUGGAAACUGGACCUUUGGAACUCUGGUGUUCACGGUGUUGAUGUUUACAGUUACAUUUAAGCUUGUUCUUGAUACAUACUACUGGACUUGGAUAAAUCACUUUGUUAUUUGGGGAUCCCUGAUAUUCUACAUUAUCUUUUCUCUGCUCUGGGGAGGAAUUAUCUGGCCUUUUCUCAGUUAUCAGAGGAUGUACUUUGUGUUCAUGCAGAUGCUAUCUAGUGGUCCUGCAUGGAUGACCAUCAUUCUGUUAGUAAUUGCGAGCCUUCUUCCAGAUAUUCUCAAAAAGGUUCUGGGCAGGCAUUUGUGGCCUACAGCAACAGAAAGAACUCAGAAGAUUAUGAAACAUAAAGCAACUGUACAGGCAGUGGCGACCUACGAUGGGCCCCUCUUGAAGGAUCUCUUACGGCCUCCGAAGCUUAAUUAGCUCAUUGAUAGGUAACAGUAUUGCACAGAUGGUGCCAGUUUGGAGUCACUUUAUUGGUGUGCGGUGAUAACUCUGAAACUGUCCAUUUUUCCUCCAAAGUUUUUGCUGUGCUUUGCCAUUUCUUUUUGUUUGUUUUGGGGUUUUUUGAAAGUCAAAAUGAAUGGUUUGUAAAAGAACCUAAUUUUUACACUUAAAUAUUUGAAGUUCCCAGGUAAGUUAUUUGCCUGAGAUCGACAAAGAAAGCAUAAUCAUGUGUUUGUGUGUGUACGUAUGUACACAUUUAUGUAUGUAUCUUACUUAUGACUAAUGUUUAUCAGUGUUCUCAUGUGCAACAUUAGCCAGUCUGACUUGCUGAUAUUCAGUGUAGCCAAAACAUGGCAAUCCUUCUGGACCAGGGAAGUAUACGCAUGUUCAUGUAAAAGGUCAGUCGGGAGAGUUACCACACGUUAAUGCAUUUACACUGGUUAUUAGUCAGUCCUCAGACGAAUGUUGAACAUUAGGUCAUGUUAAACAUUAGCUAUAUUGCAUAGAACGUGUUCUGGUGCCUAAAAGUAUGUGGAGAUUGUGUUAAAUAUAUAUAUUUUAUAUACAUAUAUAUGUUCACGAAGCAUCUCUCUAAUAAAGACCUUGGGUUUGACAAGCACAUUUAUCAUCCCAUUUUUUUAAUCGGUACUCUGUCAAACUUGAAACAUGCAUUGUAUUAAAAGAUUGAUACUGCUCAGUUUUUGUUUGUUCUCUUCCUACUUAGUUAAAUUUGUUGUUGUUUAUGGCAUAUCAGCCUUCUUGGGCUAUUAGUGAGAGAUCACACAAACCCCAUUGGUCUGUGCCAUGUGCAAAAAUAAUAAGAGUAAGCUCUGAAGAUGGUCUGGAUGUGCUUAGUCAAUGUGGCUGUUUAUCCUUGAAUCUGUGUGUGUGGGAAACGAUGCACUAACACUGGGUGAGUCAUUGUCUUCUGUCUUUGUGGGUCGGCACUUUGAUGGUAAAUAACCACACUUCACGCACACUCUUGGGCUUCUCCAAUGUCCCUUAGACAUCCAUGAGAGUUGAAUGAGCAACUACCGCCCUUCUAAGCACUCAACUCCCGUGCUCCUUGCCAUUCCUUGGGUUAGCCACAUGGCGGCUUCCUUAGUUAGAACGGAGAGGGAGAGGAGGGGGGACAGAGAGAAGCUACUUUAUGGGCACCAUGUCAACUUACUGAAUUCUAACUAAGUCAAAGGGAAACUAGCAGACCGAAUGGAAAACCAGUGACUUGGGUGUUGAUUUCUAAAAUAGAACCACUCUCAGAGAAAGCAUGACAACUAGCUCCAUUUUGAAAUGACCCAGAAUCCUUUGAGGAUCCUCGCCUUCUAGGUGAGGCACUGAAUGUAUUCUCUUAUCUCUUAACAGAAUUCUCCAAGGCACUGUCAGGACCAUGUUUCAGAAUUCACCCCUCUCACCUCUCUACAAAGUCCAAGCUAUCGAAGCAACGAGCUCACCAGUUCCCCAGCCACAAAGUCUCAUUCUCAUUCUCAAAAAGUGAUGCUGACAUACUGGAACAGUCACGAUUAUUCGGUUCUCCCGCUUGGGUUUAAUUUUUCCAAUAACUGUUGCAAGUCCAGUGCAAGGAACUGCUACCAUGGGUCAGGUUUGGAAACGCCCGUAUGACAGAUCACCAAUUCAAGCCUUUAAAGAACAGCAUUUUUGAAUGUGUGUGUAUGCGUGUGUGUGUGCGUACAUACGCAUAUGCGUGUGUAGGGGUGUGUGAGGGUGUGUGUGCGCGUGCGCGUGUGUAUUCUGUUUCCAGAAGAGGGAACAAAUACAUAAUAAAACUUAAAACUAAAAAGUACUUGGCUCUCACUGUCUGGAGCCGGGAAUAGACAGACAGAACUGAGAGCUCGAGAAGUCUUAAGUCCUUCCAGGCCUGGUGGCCUCUUCAAAAAAAAAACAAAAACAAAAAAAAACAUUUUGAACUGCUAAAGCAAUGAACAUCUUACACAGUCUGGUACUGUGAGACUGCUAGCACUUAGAAGACCCCUUGUUUUGUGUUGAAAGUUUUUUUGGUGUUUUUUGUUUGUUUGUUUGCAUACAUUGCUUGCUUCUAUUGUCUUCAGUCCCUGGAUAUUCCUCCAAGUGGAUAGUUUCAGUGAAUGACCUACAUUUUGAUAUCAACAGUUCAGUUUUGAGCCAGAAGCUAUGACCUCAGCUAUCUCCAUUAAUGGUCACUCCAUGCAUUUCACAGCUGUUCCUGAUACUUCUCUUCGUCCUUCUCCUUCCCUGGCUCCCCCACCCACUUUUUCUCCUAUGCUUUGUCUGUAGAACAAACUGAUGUUGCCUCUAUGAUCAUCUCUUGUCAGGAAACACUCUCUUUAAGACUUGUAUUUCCGUAAGUGGCCAAAUCGGGCAUCUGCGUGGUCGUGGACAUCGGUUUUCUUAGUAGAAAAAAAAGAGACACCACUUUUCUGUUCGCCCCUGCAGAGGGAAGCUGGUUGUCGCAGGUAGUUUUGGCAUUUUGCAUGUCAAGCUCAAACUCACGUGUGCUGAAUUUGUUAAUUUAUCACAGUAUGUCCUAGAAAAGUUAGAGUAAAGCUCAGUUGAUUUUUACUCCCUUCCCAUCACCUCGCUGCCUCCAUGGAGAAAAGUGUUUAUGUGUAUGACUAUGUAAGCAAAUGUACUUGGUACAGAUUAGGAAAUCCCGAUAUCUUGGCUUGUCCUCUGAAAGUUCUGAGAUACUACUUUGUCAGACUUCAAAGGAUGGACUAUUUUUAUUCCAGGGGCUUUAAAGGGGGGUAUUAGUUUGGGGCAUUUGCUAGGGGGGCUUUGACACAUGAUCGAUCGUGACGAUACAACAUUCUGUGUUGAAAUGGAAAGGGAAGUUGGGAAUCUAGUUUUCUGAGACAUAACCACCAGGUGGCAAUUGUCUUUCAAAAUGGACUUAAAGCUUAUUUCAGAUUGAAAGGAUAUGGUUACAGGAUAGCCUUUCAAUUUUUAAAAAGCAAUACAGCCAGCUCGUACCUCUUCCAAGGCUCUCUAGUGUUUACCAAACCUUGCGACAGUUUUACAGCUAGGUGUGUCCUUUGUCUUGAGGUUUUGUCCAGUGUUCUAUUUGGAAGGUAUAAAUGACUGAAGGAUUGCUUUUAAAGUCCCCAUUAUUUUUACAUAGCCAGUGUUUGUUUAUAUGAACACUCCAUAACAGAUUUGAAUGACCAUUAAAUUAGCAUUUUUCAAUUUGAGAGUCAGACAUAAACAGUUGAAGACUUACUCAUCAUCGGAGCACCACAAACAAACAACUUUCCCCACUCCAAGAACUCCUAGUGUGAUGAUCAGAAAAUUGUGUAUGUGCAAAUUAACACUAAGAACUUAUUCUUAGACGUUUGAUGUUAGGCGUAUAGACGUUCAAGUUUAGUGAUUUGAGAGCAUAGGGUUUCACCUAUAAAAUAGUUCUUUGAAUUAUAGAGAAUUUUUUUUUUCUUAAAUGGAGCAUCAGUGACAAGAACCAAUGAAAUAUUCUAAAGUGGUUGGAAUGUUUUAAUGAAUUAUGAGCACUUAUACCAAAGAUUAGGCUGAAUAAAGUUUGACUGUCAACAAGAAUUCAUUUUACUGCCCUAGAGAAUAAUCAAUAUAGCAUUUGUAGCUUGAAGAUUUAAUGUUAGCAUUUCAACAAGAACCCUUUCGGUUUCAAAGUAAUACCAUUCUUUCAUGGACUAUAGCAGUAUUAUAAACUUGGGUCAUUGCUUCCUUGAACGUCACACUCAGAAUCAUACCAUUCAUAAACACUGGUGUAUGUAUUUUUUAAAGAUUUUUUUAAAACCUAAUUUGGGUAUAAAUGUAAUACCUGUAGCGGUGACAAAUUUCCUGUGCAUUUAGUUAACAAAUUAUUUGUAACGUAUUUUUUUAGAAAUCUUAAAAUUGCCUUUGCACUGAAAUAUUUUUCAUAGCUGUUUAUAUCUCUUUUAUGCAUUCAUUUGUUAACACACCAUUUCUAAUUUUUUAAGUAUGUUUUGAAAAGUUUUUUAAUUUUAUGGGUUUUGGCCACUUUACAUUUAAAUUUUGCUGAUAGUUAUGACCGAAUGUUUAAAAAUCUGAUGAAUGUGAAAAAUUCAGAUUCGAUUUCUUGCUUUCUCUCUCUCCUAAACUAUUGCUGUUUCUGAUGGUAGUAACUAAUGUGAGGCACAUCUCAAAAUGGUAGUUUGCUAAGGUUUUUCAUUGUUACUUCAUCCUAGCUUAGGGGUUUUUUCCUCAUCUCUAUCCAUUAGCCUUAAUCAAGACAAUUUUUGGUUGGUGAUUGAAUAUGCUGGAUUCCUGUUCUGUCUACUAACCAAAAGUUUACUACAUCCCUCUGACAAUUUAACUCUUUUGUUGAAAACCACUAAGACGUUACAGAAUCUAAAACGUGUCUUAGAAAAUAGUCUGAAGAAUUGUUGAAUGGAUGUGCCUAGGCAUUUUAAAUAAACUAUGUGGGUGGGAAGAGGCACAGCUGUUUGACCAGGGACAAUGAAGUGGGGAAAAGAAGGACCCCAUUGAAAUGGCAUUUUUACAUCUGCUUUGGGUACAGAUUCUUUAAAUCAAUUCUUAUCAUAUUUGCUUUAUAAUGUCGCAGAUUAUAAGAAUCUGCUUCAGGCCCUUGGAUUUAUAUAUAUUAAAAAUCCAAUUCACCGCAUCAACUUUUUACGCAGAGAUAACGAGGAAUCCAUAGUUUCUCCAAUUUAUGGAACUCCCAGAGCAGGGCGUCCAGUCACCAAAGCAAUCCACAACUAGUCUAUGACUCAUAAAUUAAAUUCUAAAGAGUUACUUGAGUCACAUAGAGGUUAAGUGGCUUUUCCUGGGGCACAGAACUAGUUUCUUGUCAGAACCACAAUUUGAACUCUGGUCCUUCUGUCUCAAAGCCCAAGAUUCUUCUGUGCAUCAGAUAUUAUCAUUAAGUGAUAGAGUCAUGAUUUACCAUGUUUGAAUGCAACCCUUACUGCUCCCACUCUUGUCCCUCAGAAGCUUUUCUUCCUAAUCUACCAAUACAUGAGUGAUCUUACCUAUAUUUUCAUCCCUUAUUGCUUCCAACUCCAUGGUAACUCGUGACCAUGCAUGCACACCUGUGCACAUGCACACGCACACACAACACACACAUACACCCACAUAUGCAACCACACUCCUUUCUUAAGCCCUCAUCUUCCCUCUCUUUUUCCUGAAGUAUUUCCAGACUUCAUUUCCUUCCCCCCAACAGAAGUCUCUGCCUACCUCUGAGAAGGCAAAACCCCCCCUCCCUUCAAUUGAUGGGUUGCCUUUACCCAAUAGGCAGUAAAACAACAAAAUUUCUUUACUAAUAAGUGUAAAGGAUUCCCUGGACUGAGAUCGUUCUCCCUCAGGGAAACUCCGCUUAAAAUACCUGAAUCUCAGCUAUCAUUCACUUAAGUGAACUCUCAGAGGGCCAAGAAGAGGAGCUAUGGCUUCCAAAGGGAGAAGGUACUCCCUCUUCUAUUUAAGUGCCCUCUGGGGGAAGCUGGGCUACCCCAUUGUUUGGGAGGGAGACCACCCCGUUCUAGACAUCAUCUACAGUAAGAAAUUUCUCUCUGGUUAUCAGUUCUGAUUUCAAGAAACAACACAAACCGUCCCUCCAUAUUUGAAUCAGGAGAGUGAACAAGACAGACCAAAUAAGAGUGAAGUGUGAGACAUGUUGGACAUUGACAUUACAGCUGAUGUACACAAAUUGGCUGUACAAUUUAUCCGCUGUAGAUGUAGGGGGAAAGAGCAUGUUGGAGAGGGGAAGAGAAUGACAGAUUUUGUAUAAAACUUCCUAACUUGCCUUGAUUAAAUUUUUGCAGCUUUAACAAAAAUGUUUCAUACAUGCUGUUAGAACCAUUUUAAAUAGACAUCAACCAAAUGUUCUGUGAAAGCUGAAGAAAGUAUUUCAAGCUUUGUCUUUUUCCUAACCACUGAAUUUUUUAUGUAUUUCUGCACUGGUUAGUAAGAAAUUAUUACAGUUGUUUUAUCCUAUAGUAUCAUUAAGAUUAUUUAUUUGACACAGAAUGCAAAGGCUUGAAUUUUACUUUCUUACAUUACUCAUUUUUCCAGUGUCGCCCAUUUCUCUGAAUCCCACUGGUAUGCAAUUUUAAAAUAGGGAGAAAUUGUUGGUGAGCCUCCAUAGCCUUUUCUUUUUUUUUUUCUUUUUUUGAAAGCCAGGGUUUAGGGGGAUUGGGGACAAGAAUCAUUCUGAUAAUGUGUCUAUAAACAAAGCUUUAAUGGAAACUUGUUGGAAGUAUUAUAAAAGUGUGAUUCUACUUUUGCAGAAAAAAAUCUAAAGAUCAGUUUAUAUAGCUUUAUUUUUUACCUUAUCAAAAUAUACAGAAUUUUAAUAUACUGUACAUUGUCUCUGACUGAAAUUAUUAUGUGUGUAUAUGCAUUGCCAUUGAAAAUAUCCAUUCAUUAUGUAAUAUAAAGGCAAAUCUUCCAAAAUGCCAUUAGAGGAAAAAGUAGUUACCACUGUAUUUAACAUAAAUGGUAUCUGUAGUUGUCAUCAUCAUGAAAUAUUGGAAUUUCUUUUUUUUAAUUGUUAAAUUCAAUAGGUGCAUUUAACAGACAAUAAAUCAGCCUUUAAACAGUAACGUUUAAUUGAUAACAGUUCAUUAACCUGCUCUGAAAAGUCAAACUGUAGAUUCAAACAGUUCCUACAUUCCUGUAAAGUUUAUUUUGUAUGCUGCUGUUUUUAACUUUUAUUUCUGAAGAUAUCAAAAUAUGACCUGUUAAAAUUCAGUUUGGGGAAUUUUCUGUAGAUUAUAUAAGCAGGAGAUCAGACCUCUGCUUGCAAUAAAGAAAAACGGCUGGUUUAGUCUCUUCAUAAACAAAA